CGGGAAUGCCGAUCACUGUGGCGCACCUGACCGACAGGGGCAGCACCGGAUCGCGGCGAAUGACAGACAGUCGUUCCUCCGUCUUGGCCCUUGAACCCCUUGCUCGGUGCGAGAAACUUGGGGUCCAGAAGCAACACCGCGGGCAUCUGCACAGGUGGUAUCCAGACCUCGAAUCCCAACCGCUUGUCUCCUGUCUUAGACACCGUCACUCGCACGAGAUAUGUGAGCUGUGGGCCUCUUGACAACUCAUCACACUGAGUUGCACACGCAUGAUGCCUCCAUUCCCUAAAGACGUCUCAAAUGCAAUGUCUCAACGACCUGAGAACGUGGCUACAAACCCCAAUGGCGAUUGGGAGACCUCGAUAAAUCUAGAGGAGUCAUGCCUACAUUCCGUCUCCGAGAUGUAGCGUGCGUGCCUGCAGGAAGCCAUCCCGGCGUUGACAAGCCACAUGGACUCUGGCCCCCAUCUGUUUGCUUGGAAUUCUGGUAUCCUCCCGCGUUCCGGCCGAAUCUAGAUCUACUCGGACCAGAUUAUGCGCUUUCCAAAAUACCCCGAAGCCACGUCUCGGACCAUGAUUCCCCCUACGAGACUCCCCAGUACCGAUGCUUCAUAUUAGCAGUAGCUUCCGAAGCCCGUCGCAGACACUAUCCCGGGUUGCAAUGCAGUCGCUUCCGACACCAUCGGCUUGGCACCCACUCCCUAGAAAUCCGGAGCCUUUGCCUUUUGCACCGGGGCAGUGGUUCUGUAAGAAUAGAAUCGUUUCGAGGCUAUUGCGUCGUUUAUUUGAUUUUGAACACCCCAACGCGAUUCCAUGAGCCCAAGCCCCCCACUCCCCCCCCAUCCAGG